AUGGCAAGAGGAAGAUAUAUUGAUGCAAUUUAUUGCGUCCUCAUUGCCAUUUUUGUUGUUGCAACCACCGUUAGCUCUGAUGAUAUAACACCAAUACCAGCUGAUGAUUCUAAGGUAAGUAAUUGGUUCCAAACUAAUGUUAAACCUUGGAAAAGUCGCAAAGGUACCUUAGAUCCCGCUCUUGAAGCUGCUGAGGCUAAAUCCAAAAUAAUUAUAGUCUCAAAAGAUGGAAAAGGGGAGUUUAAGACGGUUACUGAUGCCAUUAAUAGUGUUCCGCCAAAAAAUAAACAACGUGUAAUUAUAAAAAUUGGUCCUGGAGUUUACACCGAGAAGAUCCAAAUUGAAAGAACUAAGCAUUUUAUUACAUUCCUUGGAGAUCCUAAAGCCAUGCCCACCUUGGCAUUUAAUGGCACCGCUUAUGAGUAUGGAACUCUUGCCAGUGCUUCCGUAGCUAUAGAGUCUACUUAUUUCAUGGCCGUUAAUAUUAUUUUUAAGAAUACUGCACCAGGACCUGAUUCGAAGAAGCCGGGAGCUCAAGCAGUUGCAUUAAGAGUCGGUGGUGACAAGGCAGCUUUUUAUAAUUGCAAAAUGUUUGGAUUUCAAGACACAUUAUGUGAUGAUAGAGGACGCCAUUUUUACAAAAAUUGUUACGUUCAAGGCACUGUUGAUUUUAUUUUUGGAAGAGGAAGGUCACUUUAUUUGGAAUCACAUAUAAAUGUAGUAAAUAGGAAGGGAUCCACAUACAUCACAGCACAAGCAAAGCAGAACAAAACAGAAGUUUAUGGUUACUCAUUUGUACAAUGCAAAAUAACAGGAAGUGGAUCUCGAGCAUAUUUGGGACGAGCAUGGAGGGCGAUGCCUGAGGUAGUAUUCUCUUAUACUGAAAUGGGUGCGGUUGUUGAUCCUCUUGGAUGGUCAAAUAAUAGGCUACCCGAAAGAGAAAGGACGGUUUUCUUUGCGGAGUAUAAAAAUUCAGGACCCGGAUCAAAUCUUAAAAGACGUGUUAAAUUCGCGAAGAAGCUAACGGAUAGAGAAGCAAAACACUUUCUCUCUCUUGGCUAUAUUGAGGGUUCUAAAUGGUUGCUUCCACCUCCAAUUUGCGUUGUUUGCACUGCAGUGGGCUUGUUCUUGUAUGCUCUCUCUUCUUUUAGUUUUUAUGCAGCAAAUUGCUAUGCUUUUUGGGAUCUUUGCUUGGACUCAAACAACUCAGAAGAGGAUGAGUCUUAUGUCGUUCUCUAUAUCGACCAUUAUGAUGUUCAAGUCUUCUUUCUUGUGGGUGAAACUUUUGUGAUCGCGUGCUAUUGCUAA